AUGAAGACCUCUUCCACCCCAGGCUCGGAUGACGAAGGUGCUGUCGUGAGCGAUAACGAUUUGGCUCAGUACAUGCCACAGCCUGAUGCUGAUGGUUUUAUCUUUCCGGAGCGCAUUCUCAGCAGCAGCAACAACAACAGCAGCAAAAAGGAAAAGAGCACCACACCCGUUAGCAGAAAUGUCCCUUCAUGGCCCGAUUCGACGUGUAUCGAUCUCACAGAUGACGAUCCGUUACCGAUAUCCGCAGCAGCCGUUGUUCCCGUUGUUGACUCGAGUGAAGACGAGCAAGAACAAGAGCCUACAACACGUCAACACCAACAACCAAGAGUCGAAUCGGCGUUCAUAUCAUCAUCAUCAGCAGCAUCCUCAUCACGCGAAACGACACCUACUCCCAAUACCGUUGAAAAGAGUGACUCGGGUUAUCUUGAUUUUGAUGAACUUAUGGAGGAUGUGGAAGAAGAAGAAGAAGAAGAGAUUGAUGUUACUGGCAUGGCAACAAGUGAUGAGAUGGACAUUCAGCAAGAGCAGCACGACAUGUUGACAGAAGAGGAAUAUCAAUUGGAGGAGGAGACAGCAUUAGAAGGUAGCCGUGUGAAGCAGCCGCGUCCUGUUCCCACCGAACCAACGACAACAUCAAACUUUGAUCCAGGGAUGGAAGAUGACACUUUUGACGAUUUUGAUAUCAGUGCCGAAUUGUCUGAUGUCAAUUCAAGCAUAUUUGAAAGCCCAGCACCAGCACUACCACCAUCCAAGGCGCAUCAUCGAUCAUCAUUGAAAAUACCCCACCACCACCACCACCAGCCAUCAACAACAACAACCAAAGUCAAUGACACUACAAUGAUUAAAACAACGGCACGUCGAAUACAUCUUGGAAAGGACAUGAUGGUGCGACCCAAACCGAAAAAGAGAAGAUGCAACAAGUUACCCACUGGCUAUGUAUACGACAUUUGCAUGUUUUUCCAUGCUGAAUUGGAACCGCUCGAUGGUGAUGCACCUCAUCCUGAAUCACCUUACCGGAUCUAUGAGAUUUAUAAGCGUUUGAGGAAUGAAGGGUUAUUGGAUCAAUGCGUACGUAUCAAGAGUCGCUAUGCAAAUCGACAAGAGAUUUUAAACGUGCAUGAAUUUGAGCAUUACGAUAAAAUGCGCGCUCUCGAAGAUAUGGACCGAAAUCAAUUGAUUGAUCUUGCAAGAGAGUAUGAUUCUUUAUAUCUCAAUGCCGAAUCCUUCAAUUGUGCCCUUUUAUCAGCUGGAUCGGUCAUUGAAGCAUGUGUGGCGGUGGUCAAGGAUCAAGUCAAGAACGCAUUUGCUAUUGUACGGCCUCCAGGACAUCAUGCGGAACAAAGUGAACCUAUGGGAUUUUGUCUUUUCAACAAUGUGGCCGUGGCGAUUUCCUACUUGCGAGAACAUCAUCCUGAAAUCGGGCGGAUAAUGGUUUUGGAUUGGGAUAUUCAUUUUGGCAAUGGUACACAACGUUUGACAAACGAUGAUCGAGAUGUGUUGUACGUAUCCCUUCACCGGUACGACAAUCAAGAUUUCUAUCCUUGCGAUUCUCGUGGUAGUGAGAUUUAUUGUGGCAGUGGCAAUGGAAAAGGGAGAACGGUGAAUAUACCCUGGUCAUGGGAGGAGGUGACCGAUGGCGACUACAUUUACGCCUUUCAACAAGUGGUGAUGCCGAUCGCCAUGGAAUUUGCUCCGUCUUUGGUCAUUGUAUCAGCAGGGUUUGAUGCAGCCCUUGGUGAUCAUAUUGGACAAUGUUGUGUCACACCAGCAGGAUAUGGACAAAUGACACAUUUGUUGAAAAGUUUGGCUGAUGGUCGAUUGAUGUUGGCGUUGGAAGGCGGAUACAAUCUUGAGGCAAUCUCCAAAUCGGCAGCGGCGUGUAUGGAAGUCCUCGUAGGGGAUGCACCCCAACUUCCUGAAAUCGUUCAACCCACAAGUCAAUGUAUCAAAUUAAUCAAACGCAUUAAACGUAUACAGCAAGAAUAUUGGAGAUGUUUUUAA